CUAAAUAUAGUUUUAUAGUGCAUUGGCGACCAUGGCGACAUCUUCUACCGAUUCAGAUUACGACACCAAGACGUACCAAAAUAUGGCAACCUUCAAGAGAUAUUUCCAUUCAUUCAUUGGAAAUGGGCAGGUUUCAGACGUCCUUUUAUGGAGGAACACAAGAUUAUCAGCGUCAAUCUUGUUAGUAGUUACAGCAGUUUGGUCUCUUUUCGAGGUUUACGAAUAUAACUUCGUUUCACUUGUUUGUCACGUCGCGAUUGGCGCCAUGUUGAUCAUCUACAUCACCUACACCAUGGCAAAAUAUACUCAAUGGGAUCUUCCUGAUUUUGAAGAGAUAACCAUCCCCGAAUCGAUGUUUAAAUGGUUGUACAGAAAAACCAACAGAUUGUUACUUAAGUUCUAUUAUACAGCCAGUGGAGAAGAUCUCGUUCGGUUUCUCUCGACAAUGGCAACACUAUGGAUGAUAUCGGUUAUUGGAAGUCAUUUCACUUCUUUAAAUCUCAUAUAUCUUUGUUUUCUUUGUGUUGGAACCCUACCAGCUUUAUAUGUAAGACACGAGAGCGAAGUUGAUUAUCUUGUCCGCAAAGGAAUCAGAGACAUGAAAAGCUUGUUGGAGCAGUUAAAUUACAACAUUCUUAGCAAGAUCCCGAGAGGACAAGUCAAAGAACAUAAGCGUAACUAGAUUGUAAAAACAAGACAUGUUAUAUGUUAUAUGAGAACUAUGUAUAUGUGUGUCAUUUUUAUGUACAAGUUUAUAUAAGAACUCUUCUUAUAAUAA